GCCGAGCAAAGCUGCUGGAUCAUUCCUCCACCACCUCCCCACUUGUUAAAAGGCUCCGCCGCUCCGCCCCCGCCUCUCUCCUCGCUCCCGCUAUUUAUCGGACGGCACCCUCCGCGCUUAAACCCCUCGCGCUCCGCCCACUCCACCACACCGCCCUCCUCCCUCCGCCCCGCCCGCGCCGGCGUACGUCCUGCUGCUGCGCGCGCGCUCUAGCCUCGGCCCCUCCCUCGGUCCAUGGCGGAGGCACUGGGAGCGCUGUGCCGCGGCGGAGGCUGGUCCUACGCGGCCAUCUGGCGCUCCGACCGUCGCGACCCACGUUUGCUAACGAUUGGAGAGUGCCACUGCGAAGAUGAAGCCCGAAAAGUUGUUGAGAAUAUGCUUAAUCAAGUCCAUGUUGUUGGAGAAGGCAUCAUAGGGUCAGCUCUAGUAAGUGGGAAGUGCCAAUGGAUUUCCGAUGAUGAUUCCUUUAGUUUGGUUCAGACAUGCAACGCAGAAAACCUAGGCUUAUUUCAGGGCUAUACUUGGUGGCAACAUCAGUUCAUGAGCGGAAUAAAGACUAUUGCAGUAGUACCUAUCCCGGCGCUCGGCGUGGCGCAGUUUGGCUCGGUGCAAAAGGUAUCUGAGAACUUAGAGUUUCUGGAACAUGUUAAAGGCACACUUUGUCGAAGGGAAAGCAUCUUAUGGGAUCCUUCAACCAAACAUAUUCAUGGAGAUGCUCUCCCUCAUAAUACCCGAUUUCAACUCAAUUCUCUUAGCACAAAGCGUCUUAUGCAUAUCAAAGAUGACCCAGAAAACAUGAAACUUCUUGAGAACAUAGUAGGCAUAGAAUCUCUAGGGAGUUUAGUAAGUACUUCAAGCAGUUACUCUCCGAGCUCUUCAAAUGGUUUCACUUCCUACGGAAGUUUCAACGGUCGAAAUCCUCCUCAUAUAGUGGCCAUGCCUGUGAACUCCAAGUCAAUAAAUGCAGUCAGGUUAUUUCAUAAUGGCAGCAAUUUGAUGCAGCACAAUAGUGGUUCAGAAAAUCCAUUACAGCUUCGAUCUGCUAAACAGCCUGAUUCUAGUUUAGCAAGUGCAACCACAUCCUAUUCCAGUUUAAACAAUCUUCCUAGAAUAGAGCAUGAGCUGUCAUGCACACCCAACAAUCUAGGAUACCACCUUCAAAGUGAAGAUUCAUCUAGUUACCGUAACUCAUUCUCAGCUUGUUUUUCUGUGGGUGAUGAGCUCAAACCCAUGUUAUUUGACAACAACAACAACAACAACAACAACUCUCCUGUUCGAAGUAACCCAAUGCAUGAGGUCGAUACUACCGGAUUUACUUCACAGGCUAAUUGUGCAGUCUAUGAGUUGCCAAAUGAAAUAUUGGUCGAACCAACUGUGGGGACGGUAAGCACUCGCGGAAAAGUUAGCAAUGGAAAUACCAGUUUGCUAGAAAGCACGGUAUUCGAUCCCCUCAUACAUGAUUGGUGGGAUAACAGUGUCCUACUAGCAGAAAACAUUCCAGAUUUCGGUGCCACUACCACAUCCUCUGCGACAGAACAGGCAAAUAGUGAUCCACUAUCAGUUGAAGGCAGGGGAUUGUUUUCAGAAUCUGUCCUUGAAGAACUGCUUGGUGCUAGUGGUAAUGUGAGUACAGAUACAGCAUGUGGCUCUGUUGUCUCUAGCACUGGUCCAUUAGCUGGUUGUUUCUCAGGCUGUGAAUUACCAGGGUACACCAUCCACCAAGACUCCUCUUACUCGGCAUGCAAGGAACAAGUACCACCAUUGAACUUCCCUUCCAGCAGCUAUACAUCUGAAAAUGUACCAAGUGGAGCAUCAAAGGCAAUACCAGUGUCCCUGGCCAAUUUAUCUAUGGAUGACAGUUGCAGUCUGCACACUGCAAAUUCCAAGGUCGGGCAGGUAACAAAUCCUGAGGGAGUAAAGGUUAUAAAGAAAAGAGCUAGACCAGGUGAGAGCACGCGGCCAAGACCGAAGGACCGGCAGCAGAUACAAGAUCGCGUCAAGGAAUUGCGUGAGAUAGUCCCAAACAGUGCAAAGUGUAGCAUUGAUGCUUUGUUGGACCGGACAAUCAAGCAUAUGAUCUUUCUGCAAGGUGUAACUAAGUAUGCAGAGAAAAUUAAGCAAGCCGAUGAACCCAAGAUGAUAAGCAAAGAUAGUGGUGCCGUCUUGAAGGAUAACUCAAGCGGUGUUGUCUUGAAAGAUAACUCUAGUGCUGCAAGCAAUGGUGGCGCCACGUGGGCCUAUGAAGUUGCAGGACAGACCAUGGUGUGCCCAAUAAUUGUCGAGGAUCUUUCACCGCCCGGUCAGAUGCUUGUGGAGAUGCUAUGUGAGGAACGUGGCUUUUUCCUAGAGAUAGCAGACACCAUCCGCAGGUUUGGACUGACAAUCUUGAAGGGGCUGAUGGAGCUCCGUGAUGGCAAGAUAAUGGCACGAUUCCUCGUCGAGGCAAACAAGAACGUGACUAGGAUGGACAUAUUUUUGUCACUUGUUCAGCUGCUACAACAAAAUAGCCACAACAGAUCUUCUGACCAGCUAGCUAAGGUCAUUAGCAGUGGGGUUCGAUCUUUCGCGGAGCAUCAGCAAUCUCCAAUGUUGAUUCCAGUUGGACUUGCUGAGAGAUGACAGUGAACACAAAAAUUUGGAGAAGAUCAUAUUGGGGAGGACCAACUGGAGACAUUCAGAGUGUUGACCGGUGCUUGAUGUUGAUUGGCAGGCGUUAAUAGGAGUACUGGUGUAAGAUGUAGCGGAUGUGCAUUGUGUCAUGAAGAAAAGUUUCAGUUACUAGUGCUUAUCAGGAGCUAUACAAGUUCUUUUCCUUUUUUGAAUUUUUUGUACAAGUCCUUAUGUAACCAGUUUAGGAACGUCAUGUUAGUUGUUUCUUGUUUGUAAUUGAAACGCUUGUGUGAAUGUACGUUAUCUGUUGUGUGUGUA